AUGCCCCGCUGGCGGGGCCGGCUGCGGGGCGUCGCGGUGGCAGUGGCGCACGGGCUGUGCUCGGGCUCGCUGAACAUCCUGCUGAAGUUCCUGCUGGCCCGCUACCACUUCGCCUUCCUGACGCUGCUGCAGUGCCUGAGCAGCGCGGCGGCGGCGCUGGGGCUGGAGGCGCUGCGGCGGCGGGGGCUGGCGGCGCUGCCGCCCUUCGGGCCCCGCCUGGCGCGCCCCUUCGCCGCCGUGGCCGCCCUGGCCACGCUGCAGUCCACCCUCACCCUCUGGUCGCUGCGCGGCCUCAGCCUCCCCAUGUACGUCGUCUUCAAGCGCUGCCUGCCCCUCGUCACCCUCCUCACCGGCGCCCUGGUGCUCCGCGACGGCAUGCCCUCGCCCGGCGUCCUCGCCGCCGUCCUCAUCACCACCUGCGGCGCCGCGCUGGCCGGAGCUGGUGACCUGACUGGGGAUGCUAUGGGCUAUGUGACAGGCGUGCUGGCUGUGCUGAUACACGCUGCCUACCUGGUGCUCAUUCAGAAAACCAGUGUAGAGAGUGAAUAUGGACCCCUGACAGCUCAGUACGCCAUUGCUGUUUCAGCCACCCCUUUCCUCAUUAUUUGCUCCUUUGCCAGCAUGGACUCCAUCAACGUCUGGUCGUUUCCAGGCUGGAAGGACCCUGCCAUGGUAUGCAUCUUUAUUGCUUGUGUCCUAAUUAGCUGUGCCAUGAACUUUACCACCCUUCACUGUACUUACAUAAACUCGGCUGUGACCACCAGCUUCGUAGGGGUGGUGAAGAGCAUAGCAACCAUCACAGUGGGCAUGGUGGCAUUCAAUGAUGUGGAGCCCACAAAGUUAUUUAUAGCUGGUGUUGUGGUCAACACCUUGGGUUCUGUCAUUUACUGUGUGGCCAAGUAUGUUGAGACCAGGCGGAAGAGCAAUUACGAGGACCUGGAGGAAGAAGCUAGAGAAGAGGAGGAAAAAGGGCAGGCUGGGGACCAAGCACUGUUUGCGAUGGAGGCAAUUUCCAGGGAGAAGGGGGCUGAGGAAGCAGCGGCGGAGGGGUCAGCGAGCAGGGACAGUCAGAGUGGAGAGAAAGAGAAGGACGGCACUGUGGAACCUGCUGAGGUACCAGCGACUGCCCGGGGAGCAGCCGCUAGUGCGGAAGACGUGAACAGGAGCUCACUGAAGGAUGCCUAUCUCGGAGUAUGGAGGUUGGUGAGGGGGGCUAAUUAUAUAAAGAAGGAUUAUUUGUUAGAAAAUGAAGAGCUAGCAAGUCCUUAACAAGCAGGUUUAAAAAACCCACAAAACGUACUGCUUGAGGACAGGCACCCAGUUCUCUGUAUAGGGGAAAGGCAGAGCAUACAUUUCUCACAUCAACGGUGACAGGUCCAAAUCAUUUAGGAUAAUUUUACCUCAUUGUCAAAAAAGUCAGCGUUUGCUCAUGCUUUGGGCUUGCAUUGCCCUGCUUUCAAUACAUCAGGUCAGACCCGCUGCAGCUAAAGGUACUGAGUCCUCUGCUGUGGAUACAGAGUUGGGUGGUGACAAGGCACAGGCUGCUGCCCAGAAGCCUGGGCUGUGAGGAAUCCUGUUCCCAUUAAGUUAGAUGUCCGUGCCAGUGACACGGCGGUGGCUUGCAGCUUUGCUUAGUGUGGAGCCUUGUGAUUUUAACAGCAUUUGGAGGCUCUGUUAAUGUGUUUCUAUGUCUGUCUCCAUCCACUUAUAGGUGUUCUAUAUAAAUAUAUUCCUGCAAUAUAUAAAUUCCUAUAAAUUGUACUUUUUUGUGCUCCUCUGUAUCAAUAUAAUUGUAAUAGGGGUAGAGGUCAUGCCACUUUAAUUAUAUUGGUGUAAAAUCACCCCUUUAACUGAAGACUCAGAAUUUCCACAGAUUAUGUGGCCAGGCUGGGCCUUAGACCAGGUCUACGUUCAAGUGGUUUCUGUCUUCAGCAGAACUACUUGUGUCUUACAGUUGUGUACAUGAGAGCAGAAUCAGAUCUGAACUUCCGAGAAGCUUUGGUCAGCAAAACAAGGAUGCUUUUCUAUGAGCUUCAAGUACACGUAGCAUUGGGAAUAUUAGCUUGACUGAAAUAAGAGUUUGGAAAUGCUGGAGUAUAUUGAUUUGGUUUGGGGGAAGACUAUUAAAAAAAACAGGGAGCAAGUGGGUGCAUAGUGCUAUCCCCCUUCUUGUAGCCUACAGCCAGGUGAUUCAGAGUCUGGAUUUGACCCUAAGUCUCCUCUCCAUCUCCGUCCCCUGGAAGUACAGGCUAAUAACAGGACUGGGGAGACGCUGUCUGCCUGUGUCUAAGCUGUCGUUACCGGGGGGGGCUUUUACAGAACAUUUUGGCUGUGUCCUGGCUGCAUGCUGGGACAUGUUGUUGUGCAUGUCAGCCCUCACUCUGCCUGUGCUGUGGUGUCCGGCAGAAGGAAACUGGGGCAGGCAAGCAGGCAGGGAGCUGCCGCGGCCAAUCGCAGGGGCUGCGCAUUUGCGGAUGGGGCUGCACGGUGCCUGCAGCACCGAGAUGCCUGCAUCUGUCAUGGAGCUGCUCUCCUUCACCCAAAGCACUUUGCUGAGCCGUGAGGGGUAAAAAAAUUGAUUCCUGACCCUGCGUGUUGCAGCGCUCCUCUGGGAAGCGGGAAGCACACACUCUGGGGUUUCUUCUAAUUAAUAUGCUGAUAUUUUGUAUCAAAUACAUUCAACAGGAAAGAUGGAGAAGACAAAUUUUUGAGUAUUCCUUAGCUUGGGGAUAGGAUACUCUGGGAGGUGGGAGUCCUGGGGUUGAACCUGUGCUCAGAGCCAGGCAGAGCAAGGAUUCGAUUCUGAGUCAUCCUCAUCCUGAAGGAGUCUCCCUACCAGUGGACGGACAUCCCGACCAUAGACCAAAACAAAUUGUUACCAUUUCCUGAAAAAAAUGGGUUUCAGUCAAUCUAAGUUGUUGUUGUUGUCAUUAUUAUUAUUAUUAUUAUUAUUAUUUAUUAAGCCACUGAACUGAAAAUCAGUUAUUCCCAUAGCCCUAAUUAAGCAGUGCCUAGCCCAACACCUUUUUAAAUCUAGCAGACUGCAUUAGCCUCAUAGUGCAUUUGUCACUGAAAUCAGCAGGACUGUUCACAGAAAUAAGCAAUUUACCCAGCAGGAAGUAUUUGCAAAAACUGAUCUCUAGGCAAGCUUUAGAUUCUCAUCAGUUUAAAUACAGACAGAAACAUCAGGGUGCAAUAGUACUUUUUUUAAACAUUGAGUCCAGAAGUUGGAUGAUCUGGUAUCACACAUGGAUUUUAAAAAAGAUGGUUAAAGAGACAUUGUGACCAAAUGUCUGUAGCUGCUGAGCUGUGGGGCCGUGGCAUGGAGAACUGUACAUCACACUUAAUGUAUAGCUUGUGCUGAAGCAUUGAGAGAUACUGGCUGUGUGCUGAAAUACAAUGUUUACCGUCUGUUCAAGCUCCACCAGGCAUUUUUUUCAGCAAUACGCUAUUUGUUGUUUGUAAGCUAAUGCAACAGGGUUUUUGUUAGUUUGUUAGUCAGGUGCAUCUUAGAGUAAGGAAGUUUGUGUCUAUGACUUAUAGUUGCUGUUUUGCUAAAAUCGUUACGCUGUUGAGCUGCACUGUAGUCCGUACAGAUGGCUGAAGAGAAACCUGUGUUCCUGAUCCAUUCUUACUGUGCACAGUGUUUUGUCUCCACCAGAAAUGUAGAAUUUUUCAUCACCUGAAUGCCAGUCUUAGAUCUUGCAGCGCACAGACCCUGUCUGGCAAAUGCUCUAGAAAGCUCCCCUCCUGGACUCAGGACUUCUCCCUGGGGGGAGUUUAAUGUUUUGCCGCUUGCUGUUGAAGUAUCAGUAGAAAAGUAUGGAAAUGCUAAUAGGUUUGACUGUCACAAAAGCUGCUGUUUCGAUGUUGUACAUUUGCAUGUAUAGUAAAAAUGUGAUUAUAUUGUAUUCUGUUUAUACCUGUAAAUUCCCUAAAUUAAAAAUGGGAUUUUGGCAAAAGCAGUCCACUUUUUCAGUAAAAGAGACUGUCGCACAAUAAAAUAAAAAUAUUGCCUCGUGCUGAGGUUUUUUAAUAACAUCAGCGGAAGACUGCAGAAUGAGAUGUGGGAAUAAAAUGCACUGCU